AUGAACAACUACACCGAAACAAACUCCUCCACCGAACCACCACCCAUCCAUGGCGACAUACUAGACGCCAUACUCUCUCACAUCCCACUCAUCCACCUCAUCCCCUUAUCCCAUGUGUCAAAAGCCUGGACCGCUAGCGUGUCAUCCACCUUCCGAACCUCCACCAACCCUAAACCAUGGUUAGUCCUACACACACAAAGCAGCCGGCACUCGUACCAGUACCAGUGCCCGUACCCGUCCACCCACGCCUACGACCCGGACUCCAACAAAUGGAUCCGGAUCCAUACCCGAUCUCCAACAACCAAUCACAUCACCACACUCCGAUCAUCUCACUCUAACCUCCUCUACACACUCUCUCCAACAAACUUUUCAUUCUCAUUCGAUCCACUCCAUCUGACGUGGCACCACGUGUCAGCACCGAAAGUCUCGCGUCUCGAUCCAAUCGUAGCAGUCGUAGGCCGGCGCGUGGUGGUCGCAGGCGGCGCGUACGAUUUCGAAAAUGAUCCACUCGCUGUAGAGAUCUACGACCUCCAGUCACACACCUGGAUCAAAUCGGAUCCGAUGCCUAGGAUUUUCAGUUUCAACCACUCCGCUUCAUCGAUCUGGCUUUCGGUUGCUUCCGAUGAUCCGAAUCUGUUCGUUAUGGAGAAAAGCUCCGGCAUGACGUACUCGUUCGAUACGAGUACAAACACGUGGUCCGGGCCGUACGAUCUGCGUCCGGACCGUAACGUUUAUCAUUCGGUUAUCGGAAAAUUAACCGGAAGAUUGAUUGUGAUCGGAGUGUUAGGUGAAGCUGAGGAUGUUACCGGUGUGAAGGUGUGGGAGGUGGAUUGUGAAUCGUUUGGAUUGAAGGCGAUCGGAGAGAUGCCGGUGGAUAUAGUUGAGGAUUUGAGGAGGUGUGAUGAGGUAAUAUCGUCAAUUGAUGUGGUUAUGGGGGGAAAUGUGGUGUAUAUGUGUGUUGGUGAGAGAGAUGGAGAGGUUGUUGUGUGUGAGGUUGGGGAUAAGGGUGGAUGUAGGUGGCGCAAGGUGGUGAAUACGGUGGGGGAGUGUGGUGUUAUGGAUAGAGUGGUGUUGACGUGCUCGGUGGUGGGGGUGGAGGACCUGCAACGAGCGGUGAGGGUAGAGGAUUGGAAGUUUGUUGUGAAACGGUGA